UGCAGUCGCAGCUACAAAACGUGUUAAACUGCGAAGCAGAGAUAACUGAUAAGCAACAGCUUUCCGCUGCUCAUCAAUGGCUUCAUCGCUUCUUCAAAUCACUUCUCAAUGUUUCUGCAACAAAUUCGUCGCUUCUGCAGAUUCUCUGCGAAAUCGCGAUGUCAGCAAAUUUCACGGUUCGAUUUCCAGAAUAACUUCCAAUCGCUGCAGGAGGCUCAGGGUUAGAGCAGUGAAGGAGCAAAUAGAGGAAACUAAUACCCCCUCGUCUGCGGAAGACGUCGUGAGCAAGUAUGGCCUCGAAGCUGGUCUCUGGAAGAUAUUUUCAUCUAAAGAAGAAGAAAACGAAGAAAACAAGGAGAAUAUGAAAUCAAAAGGCGACCAAGCAAAGGAACUUCUAACAAAAUAUGGAGGAGCAUAUUUGGCCACUUCAAUCACAAUUUCCUUGAUAUCUUUCGGGCUAUGCUAUGCUUUGAUCAGUUCUGGUGUAGAUGUACAAUCAUUGCUGCAGAAGGUCGGGAUUUCUCCGAAUGAAACAGGGGAGAAAGUCGGGACUUUUGCGCUGGCUUAUGCCGCCCAUAAGGCUACAUCUCCCAUUAGAUUUCCACCCACCGUAGCUCUUACUGCCGUGGUUGCAAAAUGGAUAGGGAAGAAAGCCAAUCAGGAGAAAUGAUUGUGGAACUGAUUUGUUGGUAAUCUUCACAAGUUUGUUGCUUGCAGGCAGCAUGGAUCACCGGCAAUCUCCUCCAGGUGACUGAAUCGAAUCUUCUUGUGACAUUUGUGUCGAAUGUUAUUACAAAGUAUUCUUAAUACGUUGCACGUUAUAUAUAAUUCUUAGUACAUAUUGAAUAGGAUAAGAUAGGAUAAUUUAAUUGUGGACAUUGGGAUCUUCUUGUUGUUUGUAGUAGUUAUACACUAUCCUUUCGACACGCCAUUUUUAUCCUUGUUUUCUGA